AUCUAGGGACAUUAUCGUCUGCCAAGUUAUCACUAUCGCCGCCAAAAACUAAUAUUGACAAAUGUUUUCAGCAAUGACAGUACACAGCAAAUCAAGCUCUUGCGAAGAAGUGAGCUAAGAACUUUCAUCUUCGGUGCAGUGAAUAAGAAUGAAAUAUGCCUACUGAAAAUAUCCUCUUAUAAAUUGAUAUUUCAAGUCGGCAUUACGUAAAAAUAGAUAUUAAUAAUCCAGGUUUACAGAGUCAAGUGACAUAAUGUGAGACUUGAAGUUAGAAUGGAAAGUGUGUUAACCUCUAGAACGUUUUGUGAGAAGAAAAUAUUUUUGUCGCGGGUCGCGCGGGGUAUCGCAUAGGAAUGGUAUCGCCGUCCAAGGCCCAGCAGCAGCAGCAGCAGCACCCACAAGAAAACAGGUCGAGGGAAACGGAAAGACGUUCUUCCCAUGUCUGGAUCCAAAAAGGCCCUAACCCUCUUGAAAAAAAUACGUUUUAUUUGGAUAUAAAGAAUCAUGUGUUGUCGAACAAAUUAGAAGCUAAAAUAAAGGAUCUUGGUGGGAAAAUUGAGUUAUUCUUGGGGAGGAGCGUUACUCUCGUGGUUAGCGACAGAGUGGAAAAGCUAGGGCAGACUAGCGGUGAUAAGCUUAAAUGGGGUUGGGCCAGCGGAGGGAGCGGGGGUCUCCCCUCGCUGCGGAGCGUGGAGGUUCAAACACCGAUACAGACUCCCCCAACUCCGUCACCUGUCACUGAAUCCCCACUUGCUAACUCAACUAAUCUACGAGGCAUUGCCUCAAGACCUAAGUCACGAGCGGAUGCAAUGUUGGAGCGUGCCCUGACGCAACCACAACAGUAUUCCGUGGACCCGUUGAAGAACGCUCAGAAUUGGGGAAUCCCAAUCUGGGCAACAAAUAAAUUGCAAAGCUGGUUAGACAAGAUCUAUGCAUCCCUUAAAGGCACAUAUAAUUUGAAACAGAUACAACAACCUAGCAAAGAUCCCAAAAUAAGGCAGUUGAAGGCACCGUACAUAAAGUUUGAAUCCUUUCAAAGGGACACAAGACCUAUAUUUCUGGAGUUACCAGCCUGGCCAAAGUUGAACUUUGAGGGCGAACCCGGCUCCUGUCCAUUUGACGUUAACCGACGUGAAAAAAAAGAGAUAACCAUAAGUAGUAAAGAUAUAAAGGAGAAUACAAAGGACUUGAUUGUCAAGCAGCAAGAUAAAGUUAAGGACAUGACUCGUAGGCCUCGUGGUGGGGCUACGCGGACUCGCAGAACAGAACAAUUGGUCGCUGGUUACUGUGAAAUAUGUCGAAUCGAUUAUCGGGAUUUGAAGAAACAUUUGCGAAGCGAUCAGCAUCUCAAUUUUGUUCGCAAUGACGACAAUUUCUUGUCACUUGACACUUUGAUCAAUGCUGGAGCGAGUGUCGAAGCUUUUCUCAAAUUUAAGAGAUCCAAAGACAUCCAAAAAGAUUGCAGCUUGUUUCCAAACGUGGGUCGCAGCCUUCGCAGUGUUGUGUUGCCGGAAGAGAAGGUUGAUGUGAAGGAAUCUAAGCCUGAUUUGGAUAAUUAUAGCACGGGAGACAUCGAUAUGGUGCAAUGCAACGGAGCAAGAAGAAAUCUUGAUAUAAAGCUUAACCCAUCCCAUAAUUUACGGACACGUGCCAAGCAUGAAAGUGGACAUUUAUUGCGCUCUAAAGGUAGCCCAUGGCACGAAGUUGACAAAAGUGAUAAAUUAUAUGAUAAAUUUGAGGGUUUCACCAUAAAAAAACGUGCUAAAGGUACAAUCUGGAUAGAGGAAGAUGAUCCAGAUGAAAAAUGCGUUAAUGAAGGUAAUUUUAAGGUAAAUGAAGAUCAGGAAUAUAAUGAAAAAUGUUCUUUGGAUAACUGUAAUGACCCAAAUAGCAAGGGCAAGGAAUGUGAAACUGCAAAUAGUAGGCAUAACGAUCAGCCAAGUCUAGCUUUUAAAGAUAUAAAGUGUGAGAUCAAUUCGGUUUUGGAGCUAAGUUGUUUGGCAAAUCCCUGCGUAGUGGAAGCAGAAGAGAAAUGCCUAAAUACCACGGAGAAAAUUUCAAACGAAAAUCAGAUCCCUGCCCCAGCAGUGCCAGAGGUUCUCCUGAAUGGGGAAGAUUCCAGGAUCGAUGAUAAAAAUCUCAAAGCUAACAAGAAUAUUCAUCCGAAAGAAUCAUCUGACAGCGUUCAUCGUCAUUUAAAGUUCAGUAAAAUCCCAACUGCGAGUGAAACCUCUCAAAUUGACAGCAAACAACUCAACGGCAGCUCAGUUAGUCAUACUAACGAAAUACCGAAUGAACCCAAGGAUUCUGUGCCUCCAAGUUUGACGGAAAAAGAAACAAAGGAUGAGCAGCCAAGGACAAUUAAAACAAGUAGAAGGGGAGCUCGAACCUCUAGAGGACGCAAUAGGCUCUCCGUAGAAGAAAGGUUAAUCGAAGAUAAUCGUGCUUAUUAUAAGGUCGAAGUUUUAGGAAAUAAGUUAAGGUCGAGUACAAUACCAAGUUCUCUACAUUCUGUGCCCGUUAAAAUUGACGAUGAUGCUCCAAAAAAAGAUGAUGCUCCUUCAAGUGAAAAACCUGUUGUAGUUCGUUUUAAACGUGUAAGAAAAUCUGAACUAUCGUUAUUAAGUGAUGAAGCAGAAUCCUUUAUGUUCGGUGAACCAAAGCGAGAUGAAACCAGUGAUUGCGGCGAAAGCGAUCAGCAAAGUAGUGUUGUUCCUAACGAUACUGAAAGUGAACGUGAUGUGACUGAUACGUCGUAUAUUCCGAGUUCAAUAAUCAAUUCGAGUUCUUCUGUGUGUGAUGAAACUAAUGAAGAGGAUUCCCAGGAUUCAAUUUCUUCUGGACGAGCAAGAAAACGAAGGCGGACGCAGGCGGAAGCUUUGAUCAAAGACAACACAGAUUACUAUAAAUUUCAGGUACCAGGAAGUAGGUUGAGGUAUCAAGCACCUCUUACGGGUGUAAAAGACUCGCAGCAAGGCUUGUGUUCAGAUGUGAAUAAAGUAGAAGCUGUUGAUUCCAACAUAGAGAGUACGGAAACUUUAUUUUCAGCUAAACCUUCACCAGAAGUGGAAAAGUUGCAAUUUUCGUUCGAGGCUGUGCCCAAAUCUGAGCCCUGGUACCAAACGUAUCAACGUCAGGACAAAGGGGCAGAGUUUUGGCAUUGUUUCAGUGAGGGAGAUAAUCAAAAACCAUUCUUACUGCCAUAUGAAAUUGAAAAUUUCCAUGAAACAUUGGCCAGGGGCUUCAACAGAAGCGAUGGCAAUAGGAAACGAGGGCGCGGACGAGGGGGAGGAGGCAUCGGUAGAUCACCUAGAAAGAGUCCUAGAUGUCACGCUUCAACUUUGGCCAUUAUGUCAACUAUUAUUCGAAAGAAAGAGCAAUUACAGUCAACGAAUUUGAGUAUUAUAGAAGAAGAAGCUCAGUAUGUGAGGUCGCGGACGAAUACACCUAAACCGGAAGCAAAAUACGAGGUGAAGUCUGAAGCUGAUGAUGACCUCAAAGAAAUAGCAAGGAACAUAGAUGAUAUGUUAUGUGGAAAACAUUUCUUAGGUUUAGAAGACUCGUUUGAACCACCUGAGUUGGGUACAUCGAUUGAAUUAAAUUUGGUACAUCCCCAUAUACCAAAAGGACCGCCCCCAGAUUUGUUGGAGUUGUUAGACAAUUGUCAAGAAAUUACUUGUUUAGAUAAUUCAUCAUGUGCCAGUUCCGAGUGCGGCGAGGUCACCAGUACCGAAUCUCCGUUGAAGCGUAGAAAGCGUAGAAAAAACAGAACAGGGUGGCCCGGUAUUAAAAUGAGAAAAAAGUUACAGUCUAAGCAAUCGACCGACGUGGAGUGCGAGAGAGAAAAUGUACCUGAUAAAAAAAUCGAUGAUAGACUAUCAGAAAAUUCUGACGACAAGAAUAUUUCGAGCAGGUUAGAGGGGAAUUUGAAUCUGAUAAUAGCAGAAUCUAAUAGUAAUCGUUUAAUUCAGGGUGAUGGUGCGGACGAUGAUCGGGCGACAGAAGAUUUGAUGGAUAGGAUACAAAGUAGUAGCGCAAAGAGCACGGACUCAAGUUCUUCAGGUAUAUCUCCUGGUAAUGUGAAGAAUGAAAAUUCGUCGAAAAAGCAUAGGAACAUAGAAGACACUGCCAAAAGUUUGUCUAAGAACUCCGAAAAUACAGAUGAUUCUACACACCGUGAGAUUAGUAUUACCAAAACCAAUAAAGAUUUAUCCCAGCACACUGAAGAAACGACUGAAGGGGAUAAGAAUCUUCAAAGCCAUGAGUAUUCAUAUAUAUGUAACCCCCAGACUACAGUUUCAAAAAAGCAGCUCCACUCUACCAACGCCACUUCGCGCAAGCUUCAACGGAGAAGCAUAUCUACAUCCGACUAUAAAAAUUAUAGCAUUGACGAAGAAGGUCCAGAUAGCAAUCUUGGAAAUGAGUCUCACAGUGUUGCGGCAUCGAGAAAACAGCCAAAUUCUCAUAAUAUCAGCAGGAGACGUCAGAAUGAGGACGUCUUAUCGGAUACUCAUGGGUCUGAUACAGAGGGUGAAAAUCAUGUCAAUUCUUGUCGAAAAGAUGGUAAUUCAGUUACGAAUUUUAGAACGCAACAAGUCAGCAAUAAUUUGUCAAAAAGACGAGCCUAUAAAGAAAUGUCUUCCGAAACUCUUAGUUCUGAUUUGAAAGAUGAUAACUCUGAAAAUUCAUACUCCAAGGAAACACCGCCGAUAAUUAUACUUCAGAAACAAUCAAAUACAAAUUCUGUGUCGAGAAAACGACAACGUGAUGAGAUGUCGUCGUCUGAUGUGAAUAAUUCCGGUUUUGAAGAUGAAAAUUCAUGUAAAAAGGAUACUAAUCUUAAUAUAACUUCUAAGAAACAACAGAAUUCGAGAAAACGUCAUCAUAAGGAAACUGUAUCAUCGGAAGCUAGAGAUUCUGACAUUGAAUUUACAUUUUCAGUUUCGCACAGAGUGAGUCCGGUUGUAUCGUCGGUUGAAUUAGAAAAUCGUCGAUCAAGUAUAGAGUUCCAACCCGUCGUUAGAAUGACGAAAAUAGAUGAUCAAGUUGAUAUGGACAAUGGUGUUUUAUCUGUAACAGUGGCGAGUAAUCGACGUCUAAGAAGUUCUACUUCGCCUAGAUCUAAUCUUCAGCCACCCCCCAAACGUUUUAGGAAUGCUAAAGGAAAGUUUGGUCGGUGGAUAAAAAACAGUUGAAAGAGUAUCGUAGAGUUUGUAACUCGUGUUAAAUGCCUAAACUUGAAAAUGUAAAUCUAAUUCUGAGUAAUUAAUUUCGAGUAUUUGCGCGCUGUGUAUAAAAACAAACGAAAAAAUAAGGUACUUGUGUAUUUAAUAUAGUAUUUAACACGGUUAAUAAUUAUAGGGAUUUAGUAAUAUUGUAAUUGUAUUAUUAUAUUAUUAGAUAUCAUAAUAAUUACUGUCGUUUUUCAGUGGCUACAACGAGAGCCGCUGUAUUGUACAUUCUUUACAUGUCGUCACUGUGUACUCUAAGGAAAAUCAUUGUGUUUUUUUGUAGUAAGAUAUUUUUUAUAGUUUACUACGUACACUAAAUAACGGUAUUUGUUUAUAAUUUUUAAAAAAAAGUCUGCCAUUUUCCUAAUAUGAUAUAAAGUCUUGAGGAUGAUAGAGCAACGGUGAUACCAAUGUGGUGAAUCUGUUGAUGAAGCAAAUCAAGUAAAGAAAAACAAGCAAAAGAAGUAGUAUCAAAACUCAAUGGAAUUCUGUACAGUAAUGAACAUUCUGUGAAUAAACAAAGUCGAAAGAUAUAAUAAUGAUGAUAAUAAUAAAAAUAGUAAUAGUGAUGAUAAUAAUAAUUUUUUUGGAGCACACAAGACUCUGUAUAGCUUUAUAAUAGUGUAAUCACUUUCCGUUAUUCUGCGUAUCAAUAAUAUUGUAAAACUUCUAUUUUAAACUCAUGGUGAGAAAAAACACAUAUUACCUAAAACACCAUAUUAAGUUCAAACUGGAAAAGUAGUGUUGUAAUUCAAGAUUCAAUCCCAAAUGGAUAAAAAUGAUUAAAAAUUACGAAUUUUCCAUACAGAAA